AUGUUAACCAAUAAACUACUUUUAUCCCUUGCGACAGCUGCUACUGCCGUCUCCGGAUUCUCCUUUCAACAACCUUUUGCCUUCGAUAAUGAGAAUAGCAUUUUAAAUAAUGUUGUUAACUCAUUAGGAUUAUCAGGUGCACCAGCGGACUUAUCAAAAGAUGUCCUAGAUGCAUGGAAAGAUAUUCCAAAGAGAUUCCCUAAUUUAAUUGCUGAUAUUCAAUUUACCACUAAACCUAAAUUUGAUAUUGUUCCUAAAUUUAACUGGGACUUUGUUCAGACCGAUGUAAAAUUUUCAAACUAUCAAUUACGUGUGAAUAAGAUUAAAGACGCUAAGAAAUUAGGUAUCGACCCAGAUGUGAAACAAUAUACGGGUUAUCUAGAUGUUGAAGAUGAAGAUAAACAUUUCUUCUAUUGGUUCUUCGAAUCUAGAAAUGAUCCUGUGAAUGACCCCAUUAUUCUGUGGUUAAACGGAGGUCCGGGUUGUUCCUCAAUGACUGGGUUGUUCUUUGAAUUAGGUCCUUCUUCCAUUGGUCCAAAGAUUAAACCUAUUUAUAAUCCAUCCUCUUGGAAUUCAAAUGCAUCUGUUAUCUUUUUAGAUCAACCUGUUAAUGUUGGGUUCUCUUACUCCGGUGAUUCUAAAGGUGUAUCUAAUACUGUUGCUGCCGGUAAAGAUGUAUAUGCAUUCCUGGAAUUAUUCUUUAAGCAAUUCCCAGAAUAUUCAACUCAAGAUUUCCAUAUUGCUGGUGAAUCAUAUGCUGGACAUUAUAUCCCUGUUUUUGCAUCUGAAAUUCUUUCACACGAAGAGAGAAGCUUUAAUUUGACUUCUGUUAUGAUCGGUAAUGGUUUAACAGAUCCAUUAACUCAAUAUAGUUACUAUGAACCAAUGGCUUGUGGCAGAGGUGAUGCUCCUGCUGUUCUUCCUGAAGAACAAUGUGCCGCUAUGAAUGAUACUUUAGAUCGUUGUUUGAAUUUAAUUGAAUCUUGUUAUGCUUCCGAAUCUGUUUGGACAUGUGUUCCAGCUUCGAUUUACUGUAAUAAUGCACAACUGGCACCAUUCCAACGUACUGGUAAGAAUGUUUAUGAUGUUAGAAAAGAAUGUGAAGGUCAAUUAUGUUACUCUGACAUGGAAUACAUUGAUUCUUAUUUGAAUGAAAAAUAUGUCCAAGAAGCUAUUGGUGCUGAAGUUAGUCAUUUUGAAUCUUGUAAUUUCGAUAUUAACAGAAACUUUUUAUUCAAUGGUGACUGGAUGAAACCAUAUCAUAGAGCCGUUACUGACCUGCUAGAAAAGGGUUUACCAGUUUUGAUCUAUGCUGGUGACAAGGAUUUCAUUUGUAACUGGUUAGGUAACAGAGCAUGGACUGAUGAAUUACCAUGGACACACCAUGAAGAAUUUACUUCUCAAAAGAUCCGUGAUUGGACUGCCUCAAUUACUGGUGAAAACGCAGGUCAAGUAAAAAGCUUCGAUAAUUUAACCUAUUUAAGAAUUUACGGUGGUGGUCAUAUGGUGCCAUACGAUCAACCUGCUAACUCGUUGUCUAUGGUUAAUGAAUGGAUUGCUGAACUAAAAUUAUAA